AGACAUGCCAUAAAAUAAGCUGGUUUUAGCAUUAAAAUCAUGUUACCUGAAUCAAAAGAAUACAAAAACAAGGGAUUCUUUUUGUCUUUUUUACUUCAUCUAUUUACACAUACUGUAAACCAAAAACACUUCCAAGGUAAUCACCCUAUAUGUAUAUAUAUAUAUAUAUAUACAUACAUAUAUUCAGAAGUUGAAAGAGAUCAUUGUGAAAAAUGGCCAGCUCUCCCUCAAACCAACCUAUUCGUUCCAUUAGUUUGCCAUCCAGACCUCACCCACUAGUCCCCCAAAUCGAUGAACAUUUAUCGAGUUUAAGGUCAUCUGAGGUGAUUUUAACCUCGGUGUCUCAAUUAUCCUCACUUGGCCAUAAACUUAACAUCCUUAAAGAUUUGUAUGAUUGUUUGGAUAAUUUAAUUCUCCUCCCACAAAACCAACAAAAAUUAAUGCAACUUUCUAAUGCCAGAUGCAUCGAUGAGUUGCUCGAUGGAUCAUUGAGGCUCUUGGAUGUAUGUGGCAUUGUUAAGGAUGUAUUGGCACAAGUAAAGGAGCAUAUGCAGGAAAUACAGUCUUCUCUUAGAAGAAGAUCCAAUGCUGAGUUAAGCAUUGGCAAUGAAAUUAGUGGGUAUGUGAAUAUGAGGAAGAAGACCAAGAUGAUGAUAAAGAGAUGUUCAAAGGAUGUUAAGGGCAUGAUCAAGAGAUCUAUCUCUCGAGAAGGAGAUUGUAAGAAUGUUGCAAUGGUUGAUGUUUUGAGACAAGUGGAGGGAGCUACAGCUGAGAUUUUCGAGUCUUUAUUAGAAGCAAUUUCAGGGUCAAAGGCACAAUCUCCUAGGAGAAAUGCAAGUUUGUCCAUUGUUAUGUGCAAGCUAAUCAUGUACCAAAAUGAGGCAUUCAACAAGGAAGAAGAGGUGUCAAGAAAUGAAUUUGAAGAUGUCGAUUCAACUUUGAGUUCAUUGGUCAUUAUCCAAAAGAAGAGGAGCUGUGUCAAUGUAGUGCAAGCUGAGACUUUGAGGAGAAGAUUUGUGAAGCUAGACUCAGCAAUUCAGGAUUUGGAUGAAGUGCUAGGAGGCUUGUUCAGGUGUCUGGUGAAGACCAGGGCAACCCUCCUAAACCUCAGUUACUAUUGAAAAGUAGAAAACCAUUAACAAACCCAAAAAAAGGGGAACAUUCACACAAAUUUCCUAGCCAGCAUCGACUUUGUUCGGGUUUAGGCAGUCUUUUCUGAUCUGAAAAUCGGCCCUCAGGUAAUUUUUUCGGGCUUUGGGGAUAUUUUUUUUGCUUGAAAUGUUUCAGGCUAUUUUUCCCCUAAGGCCCGAUCCAAUCCGACCCGAUUUUUGCAGUUAUUGGUAACUAUUGACUUUUGAGCCCAAUGUAGAGCUUGACCAAGAAUGUCUGGCUCAAAUGUGGUUCUUUUUUUUUAUUUUUUAUCAUGGCCUAACUCGGUCCAUGAUCACCUCUAGUAGACACUAGACACACAUGUAUAAAAUAACCAAGUGAACUAUAGUAUUUUCUCAAUCUCAUGUUUUACCCCGUUUGAGGUCCUUCGAGCUAUAUAAUGUAAUUACCUUUUUUUAAUACUUUGUAUAUUGUAAUUAUUACUUGUAUGGUAUCUGGUGAAAUGGCCAAUUUCUUUACACAAAUUUUGC